GGCGCAUGGGCGUAUACAAAAGAUCUGAUUUACCGCGUUGUCUUUCGGUGCAGUCUGUGUACAUUAAAUAAGCUUUUUUGAAGACACUAAUCCCUUCAGUUUUCGCUAAACUACCACUACCGUUGCCAGAAUGGAGACGGUAAACCAUUUUGUCCAACGAUAUCCCCAGGUGUUGUACAGCGCUACGGCGUUUGUGGCCGGUGGCGCGCUCAUCUACAGGCUUGCUAACAGGAGGAAGCCCCUGAAUCUGAAGGUGAACUGCUGGUUCUGCAAUCAGGACACUAUAGUUCCGUAUGGGAACAGGAACUGUUGGGACUGUCCCAACUGUGACCAGUACAACGGCUUUCAGGACAACGGGGACUACAACAAGCCCAUUCCGGCACAGUACACUGAGGAUCUGAACCACGGUGUGUCUGGUAGCCUGCCCACGCCAGCAUCUCCUGGGCAACUGCAGUGGGUCAACUCCAAGAUGCUGUUAUGCAGGAAGUGCAAUCACAACCAGUCAACUAAGCUCAAGCUGCUGUCCUCAUUCAUGCCGAAGAAUGAUGAGAACUACGACGAGGAGGUGGACGCAUACAAGUGUCACUUGGAGGAGCACUACAAGCUAUGCCGGCCGUGCCAGGCAGCGGUGGACUACUACAUCAAGUAUCAGAACCGUCAGCUAAGGACCGUGAUGCUCAGCAAUCAGCUUCGACACACCCAAGAAUCACUUAAGGGCUUAAUUAAGGGCUACUUCUCCGGUUCUUGUCCACUUGGAGUGGUACUCCUCCGAUGCCUUGCCAUGCUCAUCUGUGCGUUCCUGCUGACCACGUCUUUUUAUCAAUCUGGCAACCAGUCCGCUGCAUCAAGUGGAGGACUGAAUCCAUCCCAGCCCCCCAUCCGCAAUGUGUCGGAUAGCAGCGAUGGCCGUGUUGGGGGCCUGCUUGGGCUCCUCCCAUGUUCUCUUGUUGAUUAUGCCAAACUGCUGUGGCUCUACGGACAAGCUAAUCAGAUGGUGGUCGUUUGUUUGGGUGUGUCCACGUGUCUCAUUGGUAUCCUCCUGGCAGGACCCAGCAGGUUGAGGAGAAUUGACGCCGUGGCCUCUGUGCUGUGGUUCCUUCUUCUGUGUUGGCAUCUGCUGGGGGAGUACAUCGGGUGUGACGGGUCAAGCUGGACGACUACAGCCAAGCACAUCACCACUGGCCUCUGUUGCGUUGUCAGCCUUGCUGCUGCCAUCGCAACGCGCAACCCCCUGGGUCAACGAAGAGGCAGACAUCGAAGAUACCUUGGGGGUUCUUCAGUGCGUUCCCUCAGCAACCAGCCUGCUGUGCUCGCCCCAGAAGUGAUUCGCUCCUUCGUCCCCUCACCCCCUCCUAACAUCUCCAAACUUAUCAACCACCAAAAGGCUCCCCCGAAACACAAGGACUACCUCUCCUCCUUGCCUCGUCGUCUCAGCAGCGCCCUCUGCCUUGGCACCAUCUCCACCUUCACCAGGACAGAUUCAGGAUACCUAUUCAGUGGAAGCAGACCUGCCUCACUCUACAAAGACUCCCCUCCCUCAGACUACUUUUCCAUGAAGUCGUACAGUCGGCCAUCAUCGCCGGGGCCCUCGCCGACUCACUCGGUGGACGGCUCAGGGACGUCCAGCUCCAGUUCGGCUAGACAACGUCGCCCUCUCAUCAGCCCGGCGCGUUUUAACCUCGGCAGCCAGAAGCCACCAAAGCUGUACUCGAUGGAUACGGAGUCCUUGAUGAAGUCCCCUCUGGUGUCCUCAUCGCAUUUCCUCCGCUCAGACCAGACUUCUGCUUGCAGUGGACGCAUUUCACCAGACAUGUCCCUCUUCCAGAGCCAGAGUGAUUUGGCUUCAAUACUUAAAGACGGUGUGAAGGCGAAAGGGAGCAGCUCCUCGGGGUCUUUAACUUGUCUGGUUGGCACCACCACACCCUCACCAGAGAACAGCCCCGCCUCUCGAGGUAUGAUGAUGCGUCACGUCUGGAUGCUGCUUCUAUUCGCCAGCCUGAGCACCAACCUGUUGUUUGCCGGCCUGUGGAUAUUUUACAACUGGAGAUGAACGAGCCAUUGGCUGGUCUGGGCCAUCCGGUCUCUGCUUGUUUUGUCUGGCGGUGAACUCUUGCUGUUUAGCAGCAGAUACUCCACAUAAUUUCUCAUGUUUUAGUAGCCAGGUGGAGCCCACCCAAACAAAGUGAGGCUUUGCUUAGUCUUUUUCAGUUUUACAUUCACUGCUCACUCUGCUAUGUUACGUCCUACUGUACCGCCUAAGCUGUCUCAACCUUAACGCUACACUUCCCUCUGACUGUCUGCAAUAUUAUGGUCACCACUGGGCUUCCUCUCAUACCAGUACACUGGUUUGGUUGUGCCCAUUGUGAAAUCUUUGCCAAAGAUCUUCUAGUGCAAUGGUCAGGACCUUUUUGGCUAAGAGUCAUGGUAGCCACAUAUUUAUAUUUUUUAUAAGUAUUUCCAUGGGAGCCAUACACACUUUUAGGAGAGUCGUUUUACAAUAUCAUAAGUCAUUUAUUCUUAAUACGUGCUGAGGUUGAGCUUCUUGUCCAUCACUUGUUUCCUCCACUUGACUUGCCAUGGCGAUGGUACGACCAGACAUCAAGCAUGAAUGGUUUGGCCUUUUACCUCAAUGACCGCCUGAUGUAAUUAUCGUGUUUUGGUGUCUGACCCGGAGAAUAUCGGGAGGGCUGUUGUCAUUGGCUCUGACCAUCCACAUUGUGAUUGAAAAUGAAUAGAUGGAUUCAAAUGAAUUGUAAUAUUUUGUAUUUUGAACAUUUUUAACACCGAUUUGUAAUGUUAGCAAAAGGAACAUUCUCGUGUGAAGUGAGCCAGAUUCUAGUGCAUAUAUCAUGUACGUCUUACAUGCAUUGGCCGAUAGAAGUACUACACGGAUAGAAGUACUACACGGUGCUAAAGUUGGUUCAUAUUGACAGCACAUGAUGCACAUUUGCAUGAGAAUGGACUAUUUUCUCAUUUUUUCCUGGCAUUUAGGAAAUGUGGUGUGGGUAAACUACCACUCAUAAAUAUUUCCGGGUUUUGGAUCCGUCACUUGCACUUGAUUGUUGGGGAGGGGAGGGGGGUGCUGACACAAUGACGGUGUGCUUAGUGCAAUAUCCUAAUGAAGAAGGCUGUUGCAACAUUUGAAGGGGUGUUUACACAGCCAAGUGUAUUCCUGGCUGGUACGUAUGUUCUCCCAGGAGAAAACGUGAUUAUAUUUAACGUCAUUUACAUGUAAACAUGUAAAUAUAUUUUUUUCUGGAGGGAGAAUAACCUCUUGAUUUUAAUUUAUUUGGAAGGGUUUUUUGUGGUUGAAACAUAUUUGGGUGCCGUGCUCUUGUCGACUUUUUGUUAGAAUGAUGUUUUAUGUUUAUGAAUUUUGCCAUUGAUGCUUUGUCACUGUGAUGCUAAGUGUGCUCCCCUCUGUGUAACUGACCCUGGAUCCACACU